AUGGUUAGGUUUCUGGGUUCUUCCACUGCGAUCCAACACCAUACCAAGUCGAUCCCACUCUUAAUUAUCCGAAGAUUCUCGCUUCCUUCAACGAGGAAAGACCCCGACCUCGAAUCCGCUCUCUCACGCAACAAGAGAUGGAUAGUCAACAGCCGCCUCAAAAACAUCAUCCUGAGAUGUCCCAACCAGGUCGCACCGGUUAAGUUUCUACAGAAGAAGUUCAAAACCCUCGAUCUCCAAGGGAAGGCCCUGAACUGGCUUAAGAAGUACCCUUGCUGUUUCGACGUCUACCUCGACGAGGAUGAGUAUUACUGUCGUUUGACGAAGCCCAUGAUGGCCCUCGUGGAAGAAGAGGAGCUUGUUAAAGAGGCCCAAGAGCCUGUUUUGGCUGAUAGGCUUGCGAAGCUGCUUAUGAUGAGUGUUCACCAGCGUCUUAACGUGGUGAUGGUGAAGCUUAAUGAGAUUGUGGCGAAGUACGGGGAUGUGUUUCGGUUGGUGAAUUAUAGCGGGAGGAAGAGUUCGAUGGAGAUUGAGCUUUUGUCUUGGAAGCCUGAGCUGGCUGUUUCCGCUGUGGAAGCAGCAGCAGCGGGGAAAAGAAAACAAAUGUAA